UUAGUGACUGGUUCACAUUGGAUAUCGUUUCUCAUUCUUUCAUAAUUUUUAUCCAAUCAAACAUAUAUUGCAUCAUAUAAUUUCCAAGCAAAGCAACCCAACCAAUUAUGCAAGCAUUCUUCAACUUCUUCUAUCAAUAUUUCCCUUAUCCUUUCUUCAUAGUCUUAUAAUAUAAUCAUAUGAAUAUGAAUAUGCAUCAUGCCAUGGUUUCAUCUUUUCCUUCUUCAUUAGUUGCUGCCACUGCAACUCUUAAGCUCCACCCACAAUUCAGAAAACAUUCACCAACCUCUUUUCCACUAGAUAAGGGUCAAACCAUUUCAUUACAGAAAAGCCACACAUUCACACAUUUGGAUCCCAUAAGGCACCUUAAUUUUCAAGAAGCACUUUCAUUAGCAAAAGAGUGUCAAGAAAAAGUGGAUUCAUCUUUCUACAUUCCCUUAUUACAACAAUGCCUAGAAAGUUGCUCCUUUUCAGCUACACAAAUCAUUCACUGUCACAUAGUGAAAACAGGUAGCCAUGAAGACCCUUUUACAACAACAUUUCUUUUCAAUGUUUAUGCUAAAUGUGGUAACAUGGAAGAAGCUCAAAGAGUCUUUGAUCACAUGAAAAUAAGAAAUGUUGUUACUUGGACAAAUUUAAUGAUGAGUUAUGUGCAAAACUCAAUGCCAAAAAAUGCUAUAAAUUUGUUUCAAGAAAUGUUGCAUUCAGAGUGUUAUCCUUCAAUUUACACUUUUGCUAUAGUACUUAAUGCUUGUACAAUUUUGCACUCAUUGAAGUUAGGUGAACAGUUACAUGGUUACAUAAUUAAAUACCAAGUUGAUUAUGACACAAGCAUUGGAAAUGCACUUUGUAGUUUAUACUCUAAAUGUGGUAGAUUGGAGUUUGGUCUAAAAGCAUUUAAGAGAAUCAAAGAAAAGAAUGUUAUUUCUUGGACUUCAGCUAUUUCAGCUUGCGGCGAAAAUGGCGAAGCUAUGAAGGGUUUGAGACUUUUUGUUGAGAUGCUUUUAGAUGAGGUAAAGGUGCAGCCUAAUGAGUAUACUUUAACUAGUGUGUUGAGCCAGUGUUGUGAAGUUAAGUGCUUAGAGCUUGGUAUUCAAGCUCAUUCUUUCUGUAUUAAAUUUGGGUUUGAAUCCAAUUUGCGAGUUCGGAAUUCUUUAUUGUAUUUGUACAUUAAAUGUGGUUAUGUUGGUGAGGCUCAAAGAUUGUUUAAAGCAAUGGAUGAUAUAAAUUUGGUUACAUGGAAUGCUAUGAUUGCUGGUCAUGGACAGAUGAUGGAACUUUCAAAGGAUAAUCUUUCUGCAUACCAAAGUGGAAUCGAAGCGCUAAAACUUUUCGCUAAGUUGAAUCGGUCGGGCAUGAAGCCUGAUUCCUUUACAUUCUCGAGUGCGUUGAGUGUUUGCAGUAGAAUGAUGGCUUUAGAACAAGGCGAACAGAUUCACGCUCGGACGAUUAAAACCGGGUUUUUAUCAGAGGUUAUUGUAGGUUCUUCUAUGAUUAAUAUGUAUAACAAAUGUGGAAGUAUUGAGAGAGCAAGCAAAGUUUUUGUAGAGAUGUCUAUUAGAACAAUGAUAUCAUGGACUUCCAUGAUAACUGGUUUUGCACAGCAUGGUUGGUCUAAGCAAGCUUUGCAUCUUUUUGAGGAUAUGAAACUUGUAGGAGUUAGGCCAAACCAGAUAACUUUUGUUGGCAUUUUAUCGGCUUGUGGAAGCGCUGGUAUGGUCGAUGAUGCAUUCGAUUACUUCGAGAUUAUGCAGAAGGAGUAUAAAAUUAAACCUGUGAUGGACCAUUAUGCUUGUUUGGUUGAUAUGUUAGUGAGGCUCGGUCGACUCGAGGAAGCUUUCGAUUUUGUAAAGAAAAUUAUAAAGAAAAUAGAUCAUGAGGCUUGUGAGUUUAUUUGGUCAAACUUGCUUGCUGGUUGUAUAAGCCAAGGGAAUCUGGAAUUGGGAUGUAAUGCUGCUGAACAUUUACUAAGUCUCAAACCGAAAGAUGCAGAAACGUAUGUAUUGCUGUUGAAUACAUACGUCUCGGCGGGGCGAUCUGAGGAUGUUUGUAGGGUGAAGAAUAUAAUGAAAGAAGAGAAAGUUGAAAAGUUAAAGGAUUGGAGUUGGAUUAGCAUCAAAGACAAAGUGUAUUCAUUUGAAACAAAUGACAAUGAAGAGGAGGAAAAGACAUACUCUCCUACCAUUUAUCAUAGUGAGAAGCUGGCCAUUACAUUUGGGUUGGAGAAUUUGCCAAAUUCUUCACCAAUAAGAGUUGUCAAGAAUACCUUAAUGUGUAAGGAUUGUCAUAACUUUGUUAAGUACAUCUCAACACUGACUAGUAGGGAAAUCAUUGUUAAAGAUAGUAAGAGGAUACAUAAAUUUUUCAAUGGACAAUGCUCGUGUGGGAAUAUUGGUGGUUACCAUUUACCAAUCAAGAGAUGACCAAAAGCAGAUAGAUACAUUUUCACUACCCAAAAAAAAGAAGAUACAUUUUUUACACCUUUCUACAUUUAAUUCUAUAACACAAAUGUUAACUCUAUAUAUUAACAAGUUUUGAAUUGUUCUAGGAAGUUAAGUUUUGAAUUUUGAUUGUAGCUUCACAAAACAAAUUUUACCAUGUAUUAACUAGGUAACACAUGAACUGUUUUACAUAUGAUAAUUAAGAUAUGCACAAAUGGCUUGCCUAUUAAAA